AUGACUUCAUCCUUUGUUCCUAUUGGUGAUUCUGUUCCUGCGCUUAAUGGCUCUAAUUACUCGGAGUGGAAAGAACAGAUCAUGCUUACAUUAGGGUGUAUGGACCUUGAUUUGGCUUUAAGAGAGAAUAAACUUGCUCCUCUUACAGAUAAAAUUGCUCAUUUCGAUCACGAGCUACACCAUAUGGAUAUUAAAAUAGCUUUUGUAAAUGGGGAUCUCUAUGAAGAGGUGUAUAUGAAUCAGCAUGAAGGAUUCUCACAAAAGGGAAAGAAGCACUUGACGUGCACAUGUCUGAAUAUUGCUUUUGCCGUUGGAUUACUUGGUAGGGAGUAUUGGAAGGCUGCUAAGAAGGUUAUGAGGUAUUUGAAGGGAACUUUGAAUCAUAUGCUGAUAUACAAGAGAUCAAAUCACUUGGAGCUGAUCGGGUACUCGGACUCCGAUUUUACUGGAUGCCCAGAUACUAGAAAGUCUACGACUGGCUCGGAAGCUGACAGGGCGCCGUCCGGACGACCAACUCCAUACGCCGCGCCGCAUUCCUGGCACAGAUUCCCUCCCGCCUCCCUCCAGCUGUUCUCCCUCCCCAACCCCACCGCCAUAUUUAAACCCCCUAAGAUGCAUAAGAAGAUCAAAAUGAGCGAGACGGGGUCCUACAGGACGGCGUGGUCGGCGCCGCCGCCGAAGCGGCCAGCGGGGCGGACCAAGUUCCGGGAGACGCGGCACCCGGUGUACAAGGGGGUGCGGCGGCGGGGAGCGGAUCGGUGGGUCUGCGAGGUGCGGGAGCCCAACAAGAAGUCCAGGAUUUGGGUCGGCACCUUCCCCACCCCCGAGAUGGCCGCCCGCGCCCACGACGCCGCCGCCCUCGCCCUCCGCGGCGCCUCCGCCCCCCUCAACUUCGCCGAUUCCGCCUCUCUAAUCCUCCGCUCCCUCCCUUCCUCCUUCUCCGGGCCCCGCGACAUCGCCCGCGCCGCAGCCGAGGCUGCUGAGGCCUUUCCCCCGCCGUCGACCGCCGAUGCCGCUGCCGCCGCUGCCGCCGAUGAGUCCGCGCCGUUGCUGUUGCAGUCGGAUCCGGAUGCGUUCGGAUCGGCGGCGUGCGACGUCGGUGAGUGGACGGACGUGUACUACGCGAGCAUGGCGGAGGGGCUGGUAAUGGCGCCGCCGACGGUGGCCGGAGGAGGGUACGGCGAUUGGGACGAUGAGGAUGGAGGCGGUGAGGUGUCACUGUGGAGCUACUAA